AUGCCAUACGUAAAAAGGAAGAGACUCAUAGAAUGGCAGAGGCAAAUAGAGCUUAUACCUUUACAUACAUGGUUACCAGACACCCAUGGAGAGGCACAUUACAGUACUUGUAUGCUUCUAGCCAGAAUUUUAUUAAAAAUGGGAGCGUAUGGAUUGGUUCGGAUUAAUAUGGAAUUAUUGCCCCGCGCUCAUUCUCUAUUUGCUCCCUGGUUGAUUAUAGUAGGCACAAUUCAAAUAAUCUAUGCAGCUUCAGCAUCUCCCGGUCAACGUAAUUUAAAAAAAAGAAUAGCCUAUUCCUCCAUAUCUCAUAUGGGUUUCAUAAUUAUAGGAAUUGGCUCUAUAAGUGAUAUGAGCCUCAAUGGAGCCAUUUUACAAAUAAUCUCUCAUGGCUUUAUUGGCGCUGCACUUUUUUUCUUGGCGGGAACGAGUUUUGAUAGAAUACGUCUUGUUUAUCUCGACGAAAUGGGCGGAAUGGCGAUCCCGGUUCCAAAAAUAUUCACGACUUUCAUUAUCUUAUCGAUGGCUUCCCUUGCAUUACCGGGGAUGAGUGGUUUUGUUGCAGAAUUAAUAGUAUUUUUGGGACUAAUUACCAGCCAAAAAUUUUUUUUAAUAACAAAAAUACUAAUUACAUUUGUAAUGGCAAUUGGAAUGAUAUUAACUCCUAUUUAUUCAUUAUCUAUGUUACGCCAAAUGUUCUAUGGAUACAAGUUUUUUAAUGCUCAAAACUCUUAUUUUUUUGAUUCUGGACCGCGAGAGUUAUUUGUUUCGAUCUCUAUCCUUUUACCAGUAAUAGGUAUUGGUAUUUAUCCGGAUUUCGUUUUCUCACUCUCAGUUGACAAGGUCGAAGAUAUUAUAUCUAUCUAUUUUUAUAGAUAAUUUUCAUGAAUAAAAUAAAAAAUCAAACAGCAAUCCUAUACUAAUGCUAUACUAUAA